AUGCCUCCCAAAAAUCGACAGGAAGAGGAGCGGUCAAAACUGACUCGUAUUGCCGUUGUCAAUCCUGACAGGUGCAAGCCUUCUAAAUGCAGUUUUGAGUGUAGCAAGUGUUGUCCAGUUAAUCUUCAAGGGAAGCUGUGUAUUGAGGUACAAAGGAAAUCUGUGAUCUCUAAGAUUUCCGAGGAAUUAUGCAUAGGUUGUGGAUUGUGUGUGAAGAAGUGCCCUUAUGGCGCCAUUCACAUCAUUAACUUGCCAUCAAAUCUUGAAAAAGACACUGUGCAUCGAUAUGGCCCUAAUAGCUUUAAACUUCAUCGCUUGCCUCUCCCUCGUCCAGGGCAAGUCUUGGGGCUUGUUGGGGCAAAUGGAACAGGUAAGUCUACGGCGUUGUCUAUUCUAAAAGGGAAGAUUAAGCCCAAUCUUGGCCGCUAUCGUAAUGAGCCAAGUUGGGAGGAUAUACUUCGUUAUUUUCGUGGUUCGGAGCAUCAAGCAUAUUUUCAGCACAUGUUGGAAGAUAAAUUGCGCGUUCUUUUAAAACCGCAGUACGUGGAUCAGGUUCCCAAAGCUACUAAAGGCAUGGUGGGGGAGCUACUCGCAAAGUCGGAUCAACGCGGCAUGAAGGAUCACUUUAUGAAGUUGCUUGAUCUUAAUAAUGUUGCGGAUCGCGAACUUGACAAACUUUCUGGUGGUGAACUGCAACGUUUUACAAUUGCUGCUUUAUGUGUUCAAAGUGCCGCGGUUUACAUGUUUGAUGAACCUUCUAGUUACUUGGAUGUGCGCCAGCGCCUGACAGCUGCCCGAGUUAUAAGAUCCCUGCUAAAGGAGGAUAACUAUGUGAUUGUUGUGGAACAUGAUCUUUCUGCCGUUGAUUACAUGUCUGAUUUUGUUUGCGUAUUAUACGGUGUUCCUGGCAUUUACGGUGUCGUGACAAUGCCCUACGGUGUUCGCGAAGGCAUUAAUGUUUUUCUGGAUGGCUUUGUCCCAACGGAGAAUCUCCGCUUUCGUGAGGAAGGUCUCACCUUCCGCAUUGUUGACGACUUUGACGAGAUAACUAAACGCAGCGCUCAAAACAGCUAUCCUGCAAUGACGAAAAAGCUGGGAUCCUUCACCUUGACCGUAGAACCUGGAACGUUCUCGGAUUCUGAGAUUAUUGUGCUGCUUGGAGAAAACGGUUGCGGCAAAACCACCUUUAUUCGCAUGUUGGCCGGUCAUCAAAAGCCAGACAACAACGCAGAGGUGCCACAACUUUCAAUCAGCUAUAAACCUCAAAAGAUUGCGCCAAAGUUCCAAGGUACCGUAAAAGAUCUUCUGCAGACGAAGAUUUACGACGCUUUCAGUCACCCACAGUUCCAGACAGAUGUACUGAAGCCCUUGACAAUUGAGGAACUUCUAGAUCAGGAGGUACAAAACCUCUCCGGGGGCCAGCUUCAACGAGUUGGUUUGUGUAUUGCGUUGGGAACACCGGCAAAUAUAUAUUUGAUUGACGAGCCAAGUGCCUACCUGGAUUCGGAUCAGCGUAUUAUUGCCGCCCGUGUGAUUAAGCGGUUUAUCAUGCACACCAAACGUACUGCCUUCAUUGUGGAGCAUGACUUUAUUAUGGCAACGUAUUUGGCAGAUCGGGUGAUUGUGUACGAGGGGACGCCGGCGGUGGACUGCAGGGCAUGUACUCCCUGCGGUCUGUUGGAGGGCAUGAAUAAAUUUUUGAAGAGUCUUGACAUCACCUUUCGUCGCGACCCCACCAAUUUCCGUCCACGCAUCAACAAGCUGGACUCCGUGAAGGACCGGGAGCAGAAGAACGCCGGAAACUACUUCUACAUGAUGGACACGCAGGACGUGGCGAACAAGGUUCCACACAAGCCUGAGCUGGAGCACAGCGAGGAUGACGAGGUGAAGCAGGAAGAGGAAGCGUCGUCCAAGAAGAAAGCCAAGAAGGGGAGGCACUGA